AUGGGGUCCCCGCGCCCUCACGGCGCGCGAAAGCGCGAGAUCUUCGCGGAGAGGCUGUCCGAGGUGUUCCACCUCCCUCUCGACGACGCAAGCCGGCAGCUCGGCGUCGGAAAGACGCUCCUGAAGCAGCUUUGCCGCAGCAAGAACAUCACGAGGUGGCCCGCGCGGAAGAUCGCUCGCCUCGUGAACCUCAAGGAGGACCUCGAGGCGCUGGAGGAUCUCCAGAAUUCCAGCGUCGCGACCUACCUGGCCGAGGUCACUGUCAGCCUGGAAAAGCUCCGCCUGGACCCCGCCAAGGCCGACAUCGUCGAUCUCGACGAGGUCAGGAUGUUUAUUCAAGGCCUCUCAUCCAGCAGGCGCGUGCGGAACAAGGCGCGGGGUCCCGCCCGCAAGGACGUGCGCCGUCGCUCGGGCAAGCCGAAGCGUCCCGCGGCUCCGGCGGCACGCAAGCCCUCCGUCGUCAAGAGCGAGCGCGCGCCGGACGGCGUCGAGCCCCCCGAGCGCGCCACCACGGCCCCCGCCGCAGCUCCACUGCCGGCCCGCCGCGCCAGCUCGCCGCGCGGCCCCGCCGAGCUCGACACCCGGCACUCCUUGCCCGUCGCGCCGAAAAUGAGCGAGGAUCCCUCGCUCACGCUCACGGCGAACGGCGACGCCGGGUGCAUCGGCGCCGCGGACGACGUCCAUGACCUCUCCGACAUCAUGAGCAUGGUCAACACGUCGUUCGUCCCGGACAAGGCGCUGCGUUUCAGCGAGGGCCUGCUCGACUUCGGCAUGCCCGGCGCGACGCACGCGCACCCGCACAGCUCGACCUGA